UGAAGAGCAAAAGGUAAGAGGGAAGAGAAAGGAAUCAAACAGUCGGCGCCCAUGUCUUCGCCGACCAUUCAUCACGUCCCUUUCCCCUCCUUCUCUCUCUCCAUAUCUCCCCACGCCAUAUAAAGUUAUAAACCCUAGUCUUCUCCUCCUUUGAUUUUGGUUAUUUCGUCUUUCCGUUUUUUUUUUUUUUCUUCUGUUCCUCUUGAAAUUUUUCUCGGAGGAGUUCGAUUCUUUGUUUCUCGCCGUUUCGCUUUCUGCUGUCGGUGUCGGAUCGUCUUCCGUUUUUAUAUUUUUUCCCACGAAUCGGAAGAUGUCUGGGUUCUAGUUCUCGUUUUUUCCGAUCUAACUCCUACGUAGUUUCCUUUUUUUUUCUCCUUCCUUCCUUUGUUUGCUUCGAUUUGUGCGGCUGAAUUCGGCGAGCCUUUUGUGUCUCGAUUCUCUCUCUCUCUCUCUCUCUCUUGUUUUACGGAGGGGGUGGAGGAUAUGAAGGCUAGUGUGGAGCAGACGGUGGUUGAGAGGGUUGAGGACGGGGAUAAGAAGGAGAAGAAGAGCCGGCGCCGAUCGAGCCGCCGCUCCAAACAGAACAACUCCAUUGCCGAAGCUGCUUGCAGUUCAGUUAAUGAAUGUCAAGGCGAUGUGGGUUUACCCCUUCCAAAAAAAUCUCCCUCUAGUGUCAAAUGUUUGUUGUCAAAGUCGCAGAGAUUAGGCACCCAUCCUUCAGUCGAGCAGGAGUCAGUAAAGGCAUUGCAUGUCUCGUUCAAUUCCAUGCCGACGAUGCAUAUAAGCAACGACGCGGAUCAAGAACAAGUGCAGGGGGUAGCAAACUUUCAUUUACUUGCAUCUGACACUGGAGGAAGAACAUUCUCCAAAUCAUGUCCCGAGCCAGUUGCAUGUAAAGGGUCAUCCGAGACAUCUUCUAGUAAGGAUUUGUGUCCUUAUCAGACUUUGACCUGUGAUCAGAGCAAGUCUUUCCCUUCACAUUGGUCUGUGGAGGUUGUCAAUGAGGCUCUAGCGAAAGGUGAUGUCUUCAGGGCAUUGUUUCAUGUCAAUGCUCACAAUAGACUGGAGGCCUACUGCAAGAUUGACGGAGUGCAGACGGAUAUCCUUAUAAAUGGCGUUGCUGCACAGAAUAGAGCUGUUGAAGGUGACAUAGUGGCGAUUAAGAUCGAUCCUUUGUCAUGCUGGACCCGGAUGAAAGGGUCAUCUGGGUCUUCCAACAACUCUGCUAUGACAGAAGAUGGUAAUGUCUUCCAGGAGAUCAAUGAGAUUUCUGGGGAUUCUAGCAGACCACAGUUAGAGAUUUAUUCUGAGCUUGAUUGUACCGGAAAUCCUAUUGUCUCUGGGAAUGAUUACGGGGACCUCACUACUUCUGGAAAAUCUGGUCAGUCAAAAUUGAUUGGUCAAGAAAGUAAUCAUAUUAAUGGAUAUCACCCCUCCUCUUCAAAUCAUCUUGACAGAGCGUCUUCUAGCUGGCAGAAUGAACCUGAGGAUGCAAUAGGCAAGAUCUCUUUUUUGAUCAGUUCUCACCCAUCAAAGAGGCCAACUGGAAAGGUUGUGUCCAUCAUUGUAAGGUCAUCACGUCGAGACACUGUUGUUGGUUUCCUUAAUGUUAAACAAUGGCUUACUUUCAAGGAAGGAUCCAAAAAGCAACUUAAAAGAAAUAAGAAUUCAUCAUUUAUUUCCGAGCAUGAAUUUGUUCAGUUGACACCUACAGAUGCAAGAUUUCCGAGGAUGAUGGUCCUGGGAAAUGACUUGCCUGAAGGCAUCAGAAAAAGAUUAAAUGAGUCUGACAUUACAGUGGAAAUGGAACUGGUUGCUGCUAGAAUUGAGGAUUGGUACGAAGAAAGUCUCUUUCCAUAUGCUCGCGUCUUGCAUGUCUUUGGACGUGGUGGUGAAAUGCAGCCACAUAUUGAUGCCAUCUUGUUUCAGAAUUCAAUUAAUUGUUCGGAGUUCUCUCCUGAAUCAAUUUCUUGUCUUCCUUGUGUCCCUUGGAAUGUGCCGCCACUGGAAUUCCGACAUAGAAAAGAUUUGAGAAAUAAAUGCAUAUUUACGAUUGAUCCUUGUACUGCCACCGAUCUUGAUGAUGCCCUUUCCAUUGACAUGUUAUCAGCGGACACAUAUAGGGUCGGUGUCCACAUUGCUGAUUUGUCAUAUUUUGUACAACCUGACACAACCUUGGAUUUAGAAGCUCAAAUUCGGUCGACAACUGUCUACAUGUUACAACGUAAGAUAUCAAUGUUGCCGCCUUUGCUUUCUGAAAAUUUGGGUUCACUAAAUCCUGGAGUUGAUAGACUCGCAUUUUCAAUUUUCUGGGAUAUCAGUAGUUCAGGGAAUGUGAUGGAUCGUUGGAUUGGUCGUACUGUGAUAUGCUCUUGUUGUAAGCUCUCUUAUGAACAAGCUCAGGACAUUAUUGAUGGAAUUGUCGAUCAAGGGACUGUUAUUGGUUCAGAGAGUGGCCUCCCGGAAAUGCAUGGCAAUUUUGAGUGGUCUGAUGUGAUUACAUCCAUAAGAGAUCUUAAUGUUGUUGCCAGGAUCUUGAAGGAGAAUAGGUUUAAAGAUGGGGGUUUAGCGCUUGAGAACUCUGAAAUUUCAUAUUCAUUUGAUGAGGCUGGAAUUCCAUAUGAGAGCAUGCUUUGUCAACGGAAAGACUCAAAUUUCCUAGUUGAAGAGUUUAUGCUUUUGGCAAACAGGACAGCCGCUGAAGUCAUAGCUAGAGCUUUUCCUGAUACUGCAUUAUUGCGGAGGCAUCCUGAACCAAAUAUGCGCAAGCUUCGGGAGUUCGAAGUUUUUUGUUCGAAACAUGGUUUACCAUUGGACACUUCUUCUUCUGGUCAGUUCCGGAAGUCAUUGGAGCAAAUCAGGGAAACCCUCAAGGACGAUUCUGUGAUGUUUGAUAUUCUUAUUUCUUAUGCUACAAAGCCGAUGCAAGUUGCGACUUACUUCUGUACGGGUGAUUUGAAAAUCAAUGAAGAUGAUUGGGGUCAUUAUGCACUCGCUCUUCCUCUCUAUACUCACUUUACAGCUCCAUUACGCCGCUAUCCUGAUAUUGUAGUACAUCGCAUGCUUGCUGCUGCUAUAGAAGCUGAAGAGAUGUACUGGAAAAACAGUACGAGGAACCAGGGAGAUGUAGUGACCCGGUGUUUUACAGGCAUUCCUUUUGAUAAGGAGGCCACUGAUUCUAGGGAGGGCCGCGAAGCAUUAUCUGCUGCAGCUCUGAAGCAUGGAAUUCCUUGCCGAGAACUUCUGUCAGAUGCGGCUGCUUAUUGUAAUGAGAGAAAUCUAGCAAGCAGGCAUGUCAAGGAUGCCAUUGAUAAACUAUAUAUGUGGGUUCUUCUGAAGAAGAAGCAGAUAUUAAUAGCAGAAGCUAGAGUAUUAGGCUUGGGUCCCAGAUUUAUGACCCUUUAUAUUCCAACACUGGCGAUUGAAAGGAGAAUAUACUACGAUGAAGUUGAAGGUCUGUAUGUAGAAUGGCUUGAGACCACAUCUACGUUAGUGCUUAGUCUAUUUGCUUACAAGUCCUCAGUUAGAAAAGGUUCUUUAAACAAGUUCAGGGCACUUGAAUAUGCUGCACUAGUUGUGAGUUCAUGUGACCAAGAAGUGGACCUCGGUGGGUCUGCUGUGGGUGCCUAUGACUCUGGUGCCACAGAAGUUAAGAAUUUGGACAUUCCGAGACUAAGCUCACGAAGUUCUGAAGUCGGUCCUAUGGUUUUUCCGAUGACGGUGCGACUUCUCUCCACCAUACCUGUUGCGCUUCAUGCAGUUGGCGGGGAUGAUGGACCUAUUGAUAUUGGUGUGAGGCUGUACAUGAGUACCUAUUUGAGGUGAAAUGGUGCUGGUUGCAAUGCUUCUGAAGAAACUUGAGGGAGAUGAAUAAUAGCAGGGCUUGGGAUUGGGUGGUAAAGUUUAUUGUAUAGAUGCAGUAGUAGAGUAGUGCUUAUAGGCUUCAACAGGAAGUUAUCAAAGUUGGAUGCUUCAUGAGCUUGGUUAUGUUGGUAAGUGUCAUGAGAGGUGUAUGUACAGGUCGAUAUGGCUAUUGGCUUUAGUGGCUGUUUUUAACAGAAGCUGCUUUGCUGGAACGGGCCGUCGUUUUUGUAGGCCAGUUCCUGACCUGGACUGUAGCUCCAAGCAUCGUUCUCUGACUUGGAAGUUCUGGAGCCGGUUUCGAGCUGCAUGGGGAAGUGGACUUCUCCCAGGCUGCAACCCAGGAAAUUUUUUUGACUUAGGGUGGCCGCCUCUGCUUGUUCUGGUUUCAGAGUGUUCUUUAAAUGUUCACAUUUUGUGUUUGGUUGUCUGUUUGACUUCGAAUGAGCACAUUCCAAUAAAUAACAUGUUUUUAAUUUUAUCGAAGACAAGAUACAAUCUGGGCAUGUACUUCUGAAUUUUGGUUUAUCCAUGGUACUCUCAUUUGGUUAUUGUGCUUGAAA